AUGAACGACGACACUCUUCUCUCUAGACUUGUUGGGACAACUCCCCUGGUUGAAGAAGUGAAGCAGAUAUGCGAAGUUGCCUCCAUUUCAUGGGGCGUGCUACACCAUGGCCAAGUGAUCCAUCGACAGAGCAUCGGCUACCGCGAUGUAGAGAAUCAACUUGACGCCAACCCAGAUACCAUGUACAUUAUUGGGUCAAUCUCAAAAUCAUUCUUGUCAGCGGCGGUCGGAAAACUCGUCGACGAGGGGAAACUCUCAUGGCUUCAUCCAAUACAGAAAUACAUCCCUGAGUUUAACCCCAGCGGGGACCCCAAUAUAGGUCUAAAGGCGGACCUGAUUGACGCUCUGCGGCAUUCUACAGGACUUGCACAGCCAACUCUGCUCUGUCUUGGGCCGAGAUCAACCAUUCUUAAUAAUGAGAAGGAUUACAUCCGUUUACUGAAUUCAUUACCGACAUCUAACCAUGAAGGACAACGGUUCAAUUCCUGGUGGAUGUACAAUAACUACCCCUACGGACUGGUUGCGAAGGUAGUUGAGGUAGUCAGUGGACAGAGUUAUGCAAGUUAUGUGCGGGAACAUAUCUUGACUCCCCUCCAAAUGCAUUCAACAGUUAUUUCAAGCAGGGACUGGAAGAAGGACAAUGUUGCACACCCCUAUGUAUACACAAGUGACGGGAAAUAUGCCAAGCUUUCUUCGGAAUCUUGGCCGUGUGAUGACCACUCUCCACUGUUGGCUGCCAUGGGGAUGCGCAGCAGUUUGAAUGACAUGCUCACCUGGUCCAAGGCCGUUCUGGAAGCUGAAACACAAGAGACAGAUCAAAAUGGCGGUAGCAUAGGAUCGGAAAACCCAUUGAGACAGAUGAAGAAAAUUCGGCAAGCCUACUGGACUAGGCCUGUGGAUGACACAUUCCAGAACGAAACAGCAUACUGCAUGGGGUGGCUAAGAGUCGAGAUGCCAUCUUCAAUGAUAGGUUCACUGAGCUGUAAUACAGACACGCGCAAAAGGAACGAACAUCUGAAAUAUAUCCUUGGGACCCGAUCAAAACCUAUGGUCACUAUUUGCCACAAUGGGAUCAUGAACGGCUCGACAGCGGCUGUUUAUACAUUCCCUGAGACUCAAAGUGCUGUGGUGGCACUAUCAAAUUCUCUCAAUAGCGGAGAUGCUAGUGAUUUCACCGCACAAAUACUAAUCCAGGCUCUUUUCGACCUUCAGCCCCAUGUAGAUAUACUUCCACUGGUCAGGAUGGAAGCCCAGAUUCCACGUGAGUGGUAUGAGACUGAAUUUGCGGGUCCAUGGCGACGAAACAGAAGGGAAACCGAUGAAGAACGGAGCAGAACCCUAUACCUAGGCGACUAUUAUGGCUUCGACGACACUUUUGUUUUAAGCAUCGUUCCAAAACCUAGCGACACAUCACCUGGAUUCUCUCUAGCUGUGGUGUUCAACCGACAAGCUGCUUCAGUUUGUGAUUUGCAGUUUUACAGAAAGGAUACAUACAGCUUUUUCCCCCUGUCGCACGAUGAUCAUUUGGUAACCAUAUAUCCGCUUUGGUGCGAUUACAGGAUGACCAUACUGGAGUUCCACUUGAAUAAGACUAAUUCGAAGGCAACAAGCAUUCGGUGGCUCUGGGACGAAGAUGAAGAGCCAGCCAUAUUCACAAAAAAGUGA